AAAAUGGCCGCCACCAGAUUAAAAUCAGAUUUUGUUGUUUUCCUUGUUAUUUUGGCAAUAACUCUUAUUUCUGGCGUAAAAAUCAACCUUAAUGGUAGCUGGGCUGUCGAAGAUGAAGGACGUGAGAUUGUCACACUUGCCACAGUGCCUGGAGAAAUCUUUAUGGAUCUGGUCAAUGGCGGCUUCCUAGACGACCCCUAUUAUCGAUCCAAUUACAUUAAGUAUCGUUGGGUGUCGUACAGGAACUGGACGUAUUCAAGAUCUUUUCUAGUAUCUCAGGAUGUGUACGACCGCCCCCACCUUGACCUGGUCUGUGAGGGCUUGGACACGGUCGCAGCUGUCUACAUCAACGAUAAACUUCUCGCCAGAACAAAAAACAUGUUCAUCAAGCAUCGCUUUGAUGUCAAAGGCCUCCUUGUGCCUGGCAAAAAUAUAGUGAAAGUUGUGUUUACAUCGGCCGUCCUGUAUGCGGCUGAGCAGGCUAAAGCUCAUGCGUAUCCAAUCCCUCCUGCUGACAGGAAUCCAUGUGAACAUAGCGAGAAGUAUCAUCAAUUCAUACGCACUCGGCAGUCGGCGUUUUCUUGGGAUUGGGGCCCUGCUUUCCCGACAGUCGGGAUUUGGAAGCCCAUCUACAUCGAUGGCUACACAGAGGCAAGAAUUGGUGAAGUCACUGUCGCUACCUCAAAAACGACCAACUCCAGUUGGGUCGUGAGUGGUAAAGUGCACUUCCAUGUCUUGUCUGACGUCACCAUCGAUCUUGUGAUCAGUAUCCCGGGGCUGAAGAAAGUUGAGAUGUUCAAGGUCAAACUCUCACCAAAGGUCACGGGAGGUCAGGAGUUUAAGUAUCGUCUGUCUAUUACAACUCCAGUUGAACUCUGGUGGCCAAACGGACAUGGGAAUCAGAAACUCUAUGAUAUAAACGUACAAAUUACAGACGAUAGUUUGGACCCGGUUGAUAAGAAGUCGUUACGGUUUGGAUUCCGUACAAUCAAGUUGAUCGAGAAUGAUAUACAAGGUGGCAAAGCGACCACAUUUUACUUCAUGAUCAACGACAAGCCGAUCUUCAUGAAGGGCUCCAACUGGAUCCCUGGUGAUGCGUUCCAAGAGAGAAUGACCCCUGAGAGGACGAGGAACCUGCUACAAUCAGCUGCUGAUGCUGGCAUGUGUAUGAUGAGGGUCUGGGGAGGAGGGAUCUAUGAAACGGAUGUAUUCUACGACCUGAUGGAUGAGCUGGGCAUCAUGGUCUGGCAGGACUUUAUGUUUGCUGUAGCCAUGUACCCGGCCGACCAGGAAUAUCUUGAUACGGUCCGUGAAGAAACCACAUACCAAGUGCGUCGUCUGCAGCAUCAUGCCAGUAUCGCCAUCUGGAGUGGUAACAAUGAAUGUGCUGGUUGUCUCGCUAGUAACCGUUUUGGGACGGCAGCCCACUAUCAGCGUUACUAUAACGACUAUGUCGCCCUCUAUAUUGGCGUGGUGUUGAAUGUGACAGCCCAGGAGGACCAGAGUCGGCCUAUCGUCAGUACGUCACCCAGUAAUGGCAAGCUGACGCCUGGAGCUGGUUGGAUCGAUAAGAAUGUUUAUGACACUCACCAUGGUGACGUCCACUUCUACACGUACUCGGGGAAUCUCUGGGACUGGCGUCGCUUUCCCAAACCCAAGUUCUGCUCGGAAUACGGCAUCCAAUCGUACCCGUCAUUUGAGGUGUUGAAACAAGUCUCUCAGCCCGAGGAUUGGUACUUCAACAGUACGUUUAUUGCAGACAGGCAGCAUCAUUGUGGCGGUGACAAACAACUUUUUGAUAUGGUGAAAGCUGUGAUGCAUCUCCCCAACUCGACAGACCACAUCAAACUAUUCAGUGAUCUUCUCUAUGUCUUCCAGAUCAAUCAAGCAAUGUCCAUCAAAACAGAGAGCGAAGUCUAUAGAAGGAUGCAGGGUGUCAUGAAUGGUCUUGGUGGUUACACGAUGGGAUCACUCAUCUGGCAGCUCAAUGAUAACUGGCAGGGGCCUUCUUGGGCAACGUUAGAGUACACUGGCAAAUGGAAGAUGCUGCAUUACUAUAUCAAAGACUUCUACAAUAAGACUGUGGUCGUCCCGUGGGAGGAUGGGGAUACAUUCAAGAUCAGCUUCGUCCAGGAGGACGUUCAGCUGCCGGCACCAGGGGAAUCGGUGGAAAUCCUCAAAAGUAAGACGGGUAUCCCUCUUGGGUCGUCUUACAGAAGUUCUGGGCAGGACCAGUACUCACAAGAGACGUUUGAAUGGCAGCAGUCAUCGGCUGAAGAGGGCAAAGAUCUGAAGUGGUCUAGGAGUGCGGUCACAGAGGAGGCGGAGGGUCAGAGUCCAGGGGUGGUCCACAUGGGGCAGCAGAAACUACUUGUCGUGGAGAAGGCUGCCGGUGAUAAGGAUUCGUCGUGGUAUUGCUCAACUGCCAAGCCGUGUGUUCUAGUCCUCACAUUCAGGCCGUGGGAUCUCACAAAAUCUCCACUUAGAAUUCAAACAAUUAUCAAACAGUCCACCAUCUUACCAUCCAUGGUUAUAUUCAAUAAUAAUUUUGGGACGGCAGCCCACUAUCAGCGUUACUAUAACGACUAUGUCGCCCUCUAUAUUGGCGUGGUGUUGAAUGUGACAGCCCAGGAGGACCAGAGUCGGCCUAUCGUCAGUACGUCACCCAGUAAUGGCAAGCUGACGCCUGGAGCUGGUUGGAUCGAUAAGAAUGUUUAUGACACUCACCAUGGUGACGUCCACUUCUACACGUACUCGGGGAAUCUCUGGGACUGGCGUCGCUUUCCCAAACCCAAGUUCUGCUCGGAAUACGGCAUCCAAUCGUACCCGUCAUUUGAGGUGUUGAAACAAGUCUCUCAGCCCGAGGAUUGGUACUUCAACAGUACGUUUAUUGCAGACAGGCAGCAUCAUUGUGGCGGUGACAAACAACUUUUUGAUAUGGUGAAAGCUGUGAUGCAUCUCCCCAACUCGACAGACCACAUCAAACUAUUCAGUGAUCUUCUCUAUGUCUUCCAGAUUAAUCAAGCAAUGUCCAUCAAAACAGAGAGUGAAGUCUAUAGAAGGAUGCAGGGUGUCAUGAAUGGUCUUGGUGGUUACACGAUGGGAUCACUCAUCUGGCAGCUCAAUGAUAACUGGCAGGGGCCUUCUUGGGCGACGUUAGAGUACACUGGCAAAUGGAAGAUGCUGCAUUACUAUAUCAAAGACUUCUACAAUAAGACUGUGGUCGUCCCGUGGGAGGAUGGGGAUACAUUCAAGAUCAGCUUCGUCCAGGAGGAUGUUGAGCUGCCGGCACCAGGGGAAUCGGUGGAAAUCCUCAAAAGUAAGACGGGUAUCGCUCUUGGGUCGUCUUACAGAAGUUCUGGGCAGGACCAGUACUCACAAGAGACGUUUGAAUGGCAGCAGUCAUCGGCUGAAGAGGGCAAAGAUCUGAAGUGGUCUAGGAGUGCGGUCACAGAGGAGGCGGAGGGUCAGAGUCCAGGGGUGGUCCACAUGGGGCAGCAGAAACUACUUGUCGUGGAGAAGGCUGCCGGUGAUAAGGAUUCGUCGUGGUAUUGCUCAACUGCCAAGCCGUGUGUUCUAGUCCUCACAUUCAGGCCGUGGGAUCUCACAAAAUCUCCACUUAGAAUUCAAACAAUUAUCAAACAGUCCACCAUCUUACCGUCCAUGGUUAUAUUCGAAGCGGAGACAUGCACGAUGUUGGGUCAGUUGAAGAGAGAAGAUUACAUGAUCGAGAUUACCGUCCAAGACGAGGCCAGCGUGACACUGGCCUCAAACUUUUACUUCCUGACCGUUCCUAAAGCUGCCUGGGGGAUGAGAAAGGCUAACAUCAAGGUUAAAAGCGUCACAGCUCGGGACAAGAACUUCGUGAUCACACUCUCCAGUGACCAGCCGGCGUUGUUCGUCUUUGUGGAGGCAUGGGGGAUCAAGGGACGAUUCUCUCAAAAUGGCUUCCAUAUGAUGUCUGGCCCAAGCAAGGCUCUAACGCUGGUCUUCUAUCCGUGGGAGGUGACGACCGUCAGGGCGUUACAGGAUUCACUCAGGAUCACAUCUCUUAUGGACGUUUAUCAGUUUUGAUUAUGGAACAUAAACUUGUUUUGAUAGCUCUAAUAUAAUCUAAAAUAACCCGUAUUACGAACAUGUCUGAACAUUUAACUAAAAUCUGAAUAUGUGUUCGAUUUAUAACUAAAUAAGAAAAAUCUCAAAUCUACGGCUAGUAUGACAUCUGAAUGUCAGUCAGACAUUUUGUUUGCCCAACACAACUUACAGGUAAUCAGAUUGUAUCACUUGGCACAUAUCUUACAUUGCCAGGUAUGUGUUUAACCAUUCCAGUUGAUAAGAUUGUAUCACUUGACACAUAUCUUACAUUACCAGGUAUGUGUUUAACCAUUCCAGUUGAUCAGAUUGUAUCACUUGGCACAUAUCUUACAUUACCAGGUAUGUGUUUAACCAUUCCAGUUGAUCAGAUUGUAUCACUUGGCACAUAUCUUACACUGCCAGGUAUGUGUUUAACCAUUCCAGUUGAUCAGAAGACUGACAUGCACAAGAGUUAUUCUGUUUUUGGGAGUCAAUAUGGUCUAGUGUAUCACACUUGGCUAGCUGUCAAGAGGUCUCCGGUUCAAAGCUUACAGUUGGCAUAAGAUGCUAAGCAGUUGUCAUAGUCUAACUUCCCAUCCUCCACCCAGGGCCCGGUUGUUCAAAGUUCUGUUAUCUGGUUUGGCAGCCGCUAAACCACUGUUAUCUUAGCAGGCCGCCAAAUUCACGUUAAGGUUAGCGGCCGCUAUACAACUGCUAAGUAAGCGGUACCUCAAGGGUUUUGUCUUUGGCUGCUGCCAAGUGAAGCAGGGGUCGCUAAACUAACCAGGCUUUGAACAACCGGACCCAGGUGUAUAAAUGGGGACCAGUCAGAAACGCUCAGGUUGUAGUGCUGAUUAUCGACAAUCUUUUUUCAAUGUUGUUUUCUUUAAAAGACCGAGUGUCACUUGCUGGUCUUGUGCACUCACCCUUAAUAUUACAGAAGAAUAUCAUAUAUUUGUAGUUUGUGAUAAUUUUUCACAUGUUUUGGUAAUAAAAUCACUGUGAUUAUUCAGCAAGA